GUUUCUUUUCUGCAGGGCACAAUGUCCUCUGCUGAAGCACAAAACUAUCUGGAACAAGUAUCACUAAUCGAUCAACAGUUAACGGUAGUCACAGAUGACGAUGAGCGUACAUCUCUGCUAGAAAUGCGAGCAGAUCUGCUUGAACUAAUACAGUUGCUGAAUGAACAGGCUGAAGAAGGUGGGAGUGCGGAAGAUGCUCAAAGUCCAGCCGCUGAAGCUGAUAAUGUUAAUUUUGAUGACUUUGUUGGGAUGCGUUGCAUGGCCCCUUAUCCAAAAGCACAGCUACCCAUAUCACAUCACGCUGCUAUAAUUCUAGAAGUUUUACCGCAGGAUGUCACUGGUCCUGACAAAGGCUUGCAGGCCAAGGUUCUGUACAGCCAUCCAAUGUUGAAUGGAAUGCGACCUUGUUCUCACUUCCUUGCCGGAACAUGCCGUUUCGAUGAGAAAUGCAAGUUUAGCCAUGGUGAAGUCGUGCGAAUGGCUGAUAUGGAUGAAUACAAGGAUCCAGAUUUUAAUUCGCUGACUGUCGGAAGUCUCGUUCUUUCGACUGUCAAUGCUGCUUCACCACUUUGGGAGAUCGGUCGUAUCGUAGCCAUUCACAAAAAUGAUAUUGCUGUUAGGAUACUCAAAAGCAACAGCGAGGUUUCUACUAAGUUUGAUCACAUCGUCCCAUUGGAAGGCGACAUCGAAGAAGUGGCCGAGAAUUCACACUUGACCAGCCCAAGCGAGGCUGACGCUUCGAAUGAGAAUAGCCGUAAUGAAUAUUGGAACGAGCAGAAAGGAGAUAGAUGUGGAAACGUCACCGUGGGAGAUCUUGGAAAUUGGUAUGGAGGUGGAUUGGGAUUGAAGCUUAUGCAGAAGAUGGGAUACAAGUUGGGAGAGGGUCUUGGUAAAAACAGUGAUGGUAUUGUUCACGCUAUACAAGCAAAGAUUUGCCCGAAAAACAGCUCAGUUGAUGCAUGCAUGACUGGUAAAGUAAAGGUGGUCGAUGGUAUUCAAAAGGUGAAAACGCGAGUAAAGGAAGGGAUGAAGCAAACGAAUAAUUCAGUCGACGUUGACAUUUUCACAUUCCUCAAUCGAAAGUUGGAGCAGCCCCCAGCAAAAUCGGAGGAGGAGGAGCUGAAAGAGGAACAUCGCAGAUUAGCUAAAAGCAGCGUAAAGGCACUUGGAGUGCAAGGGCUUGACCUCGAAUCCGAGUUGAAACAUUUGCGAAGCAAAGAAAAGAAGCUGCUUGAGGGAAUUGCGAGAAAUAAGCACGACAAGCGAACUGUGGAACGGCUCAAAAACGGUCUCGCUGAAGUAGAAAAGGAGAUCCAGAGGACACAAGCGAAACGGCAAAGAGUUCAGUCGGAAUUGGGUGACAGACAAAAGAGGAAGAAAGACAUUUUCUGA